AUGCGAGCUGGGUUUCCAAUCAGAGCCCGGGACAAAGGUCGGCGACUGGUAGAACAACUCGUCCAUGUCCUCCAAAUUCAGCCCCUUGGUCUCCGGAAGGAAAGCCCAGAAGAAGAGCGUGUUGGUCAGAUUGCACACGAUGAAGAUGAUGUAGUACCGCCAUCCGAUCGCCGUCACUGCGAUGGGCGUGACCUGGCCGAUCAUCGUGUUGAAGGCGAACGACGUCAUGGCGCCCCAGGACACGCCCUUAAUGCGCAUCGCGGUGCCGAACAGCUCUGCCGGGAUCGCCCACGACAGCGGACCGCUGGUGACGAAGAAGACGAAGUUGAACACCCACGUCAUGACGAUAAACCCCCAGUGCGCGCCCGUGUUGGACGACGUCGUCGGGAAGAUCUUGAUGAGCGCGCAGUUCACUGCGAAUGUCACGCUCAUGAUGAUCCCGCCGUAGAUCUCCAUCAGCCGGCGUCCGACCGAGUCGAUGAUCAUGAUGCAGACUGUUGUCCCGAGGAACGCGAUGAUCGCGUUGACUGCGGACAGCAGCAGAGUCGUGCCCGUCGGGAUCCCGAUCUGGGCGAAGAUCUGCGGCGAGAAGUACUGGAUGGCGCUGAUGCCGGUCAUCUGGCAGCUGGCCUGGAUCAUCAUGACGAGGAUCGUGCGGCGGAGGUUGGGCCAGUCGCGAAAGAGAUAGAGAUAGGUUUUCUUCUUCUGAUGGUGUUCUUCAGCGAUCUGGGUCUUGAUGAGGUUGUAUUCCGCGAUGACGUAGGGAUCAUGGACGUUGCCGUGCGAGUGGAGUUGCGCCAGGUUCGACAGCCCUUUUUCCCACCCGUCGUGGUCGCACAGCCAUCGCGGGCUCUCGGGGAAGACGUACACAAAAGCACCCAAGAUGAUGGCUGGGAUGAUUUGGAUGGCAAGGGGGAUACGCCAUUCUCGACUAUCCCCGGAACUGUCCCAGGUCAUAUAGCAUCCGUAGCCUGUCCAGGUUGCAAAUAUCUGGCCAAGUGCGUUGAAGAGCUGCUGCAGGCUAGUAAUCUUGCCACGGAUGCGUCGAUGGCUAAUUUCAGCUUGAUGUACUGUGAGCAAGCCAACGCCAAUACCGGCAAUCAGUCUUCCAAGGUACAGCAUGGCGAUGACUACCCCUGCUGUCUGGAUGAUGCCGCCACAGACGAAAAUGCAGCAGGCCAUCAGAAUCGUCCCACGACGCCCCAGGCGGUCGGUGAAUCCGGCGCAGAGAGCGCCCACAAAGCAGCCACCAGUGAAGAGAGCGACUACCGUCCCAGACCGAGAAUCGGCAUCGGACUGCAGGAAGAGUGUCUUGAACGACCUGGAGGCGACCACUUCUGCGAUUACGCCCAGAUCAUAGCCGAAGAGGAAUGA